UAUUUAUUCCUGUGGGGUUUACUUGCUUCUCCUCUCUCCUCUUUCUUGUCUGUGCAAAAUCCUUUUUAGGGCCGCUCGUCUUCUUCCUUCUUCCUUGUUUUUUUAUCUUUUCUCUUGUUGGUUCACUUUUUGAAGCCGUUCUCUCUGAGUGUCAGUCAACAUGCAAAGAACGAGAUACUAAUACUUCCACACACCAACACCCCCCCCCCCUAGGGUUUCCCUUUCCCAGUUUUCUCAAGGCCAAUUUAAGGCCUUUUGAAUGUUAGAGUUUCGGACAUAAACUUAAAGGGUUUUUAGAAGGGGAGAGAGGGAUAGAGAAGGAAGCGCUAAGCAGCAAAGAAGAUAACAAAAAGGGUUUGCUUGCCUUCUUUCUCUUCCUUUCUCUCAGUUUUCAGCAGAGAGAGGGAGUUGGAGACAUUUGGAUAGAUAUAUGUUAUCCUUGUGUCUCCUCUACCUCUCUAUCUUCUUCCCUUUUGUUUCUAUUUUCUUAUGAUUUCUUUAUUUUGGGGAAAGUUUUAAUUUUCUCUUCAUUUUUUUAAAAAAAAACCCAUUUCAGGAUUUCUUGUUUGGCUAUCUGUGGUUUGGUUUUUGAAUGAUAAUUUCAAGAUUCAAACUUGGUUAUGCAUGGUUUCUUGUGAAUCUAGAGAGAGCGUUUUAGUCUAGUGUAAAAAUAGAGUAAAAAAAAAAGGCUUAAGCUUUAAUGAGUUUUGGGGGUUUCCUUGAAAACACUAGUCCGGGUGGGGGUGGCGCAAGAAUUGUGGCUGAUAUACCUUAUAACAAUAACAACAACAUGCCCACUGGUGCAAUAGCUCAGACUCGCCUUGUCUCUCCUUCUAUCACUAAAUCCAUGUUCAACUCUCCUGGACUCUCUCUGGCCCUUCAACAGCCAAACAUAGAUGGUCAAGGAGAUAUAACUAGAAUGGCUGAGAACUUUGAGACAAGUGUGGGUAGGAGAAGCAGAGAAGAGGAACAUGAGAGCAGAUCUGGUAGUGAUAACAUGGAUGGUGCGUCUGGUGACGAUCAAGAUGCAGCUGAUAAUCCUCCAAGAAAAAAGAGAUACCACCGACACACUCCACAACAAAUCCAAGAACUUGAAGCUUUGUUUAAGGAAUGUCCUCAUCCUGACGAGAAACAAAGAUUGGAGCUUAGUAGAAGGCUGUGCUUGGAGACUAGGCAAGUCAAGUUCUGGUUUCAAAAUCGUAGAACCCAAAUGAAGACUCAACUGGAGCGCCAUGAGAACUCAUUACUCAGGCAAGAUAACGACAAGCUUCGAGCAGAAAACAUGUCCAUAAGAGAUGCCAUGAGAAAUCCAUCGUGCUCAAACUGUGGUGGUCCUGCGAUAAUUGGUGAUAUUUCACUUGAAGAACAGCAUUUGAGGAUUGAGAAUGCUAGAUUAAAAGAUGAACUAGAUCGAGUUUGUGCACUUGCGGGCAAGUUCUUGGGUCGCCCCAUAUCUUCGUUAGCUUCUUCACUUAGCCCUCCGACGAAUUCAAGCCUGGAACUUGGAGUUGGUAGUAAUGGUUUUGCUGGUUUAAGCACCAUUGCUACAACAUUGCCUUUGGGACCUCAUUUUGAAGGUGGGAUUUCUGGUGCUUUGUCUAUGGUAACUCAAACUAGACUAGCAACAGCUGGUGUUACUGGUAUUGAUAGAUCAUUAGAGAGAUCCAUGUUCUUGGAGUUGGCUUUAGCUGCCAUGGAUGAAUUGGUGAAAAUGGUUCAGACGGAUGAGCCUCUUUGGAUCGGGAGCUUUGAGGGUGGUAGAGAAAUAUUGAACCAUGAGGAGUACUUGAGAACCUUCACUCCUUGCAUUGGAAUGAAGCCUAGUGGCUUUGUUAGUGAGGCUUCUAGAGAGACUGGUAUGGUAAUCAUAAACAGUUUGGCCUUAGUUGAGACACUGAUGGAUUCGAACCGAUGGGCAGAAAUGUUUCCUUGUAUGAUUGCAAGGACCUCUACCACUGAUGUGAUAGCCAGUGGAAUGGGGGGAACUAGAAAUGGUUCACUUCAGUUGAUGCAUGCCGAGCUCCAAGUCUUAUCCCCAUUGGUUCCGGUGCGUGAGUUCAAUUUUCUCCGAUUUUGCAAGCAGCACGCAGAGGGGGUUUGGGCUGUUGUUGAUGUAUCCAUUGAUACCAUCCGAGAUACUUCCGGUGCACCACCGACAUUUGUGAACUGCAGGAGGCUUCCUUCUGGUUGUGUGGUGCAAGAUAUGCCCAAUGGGUACUCCAAGGUUACAUGGGUUGAGCAUGCAGAAUAUGAUGAAAGGCAAAUACACCAGCUCUAUCGGCCGGUGAUAAGCUCCGGCAUGGGCUUCGGUGCCCAACGAUGGAUAGCUACCCUUCAACGUCAAUGCGAGUGUUUAGCCAUCCUCUUGUCCUCCAAUGUACCUAGUAGAGACCACACAGCGAUAACUACAAGUGGUCGCCGAAGCAUGUUGAAGCUGGCGCAAAGAAUGACCGAUAACUUCUGUGCUGGGGUUUGUGCCUCCACAGUGCACAAAUGGAACAAGCUGAAUGCCGGAAAUGUUGAUGAAGAUGUUAGGGUUAUGACCCGAAAGAGUGUUGAUGAUCCUGGUGAGCCACCAGGCGUAGUUUUGAGCGCUGCGACCUCUGUUUGGCUACCUGUUUCUCCACAAAGGCUCUUUGAUUUCCUACGCAAUGAACGACUCAGAAGCGAGUGGGACAUACUCUCCAACGGUGGACCAAUGCAGGAAAUGGCCCACAUUGCUAAAGGCCAGGAUCACGGCAACUGUGUCUCUCUCCUGCGUGCUAGCGCCAUGAAUGCUAACCAGAGUAGCAUGCUAAUACUGCAAGAGACAUGCAUAGAUGCAGCAGGCUCUCUUGUAGUGUACGCUCCCGUUGACACUCCGGCCAUGCACGUAGUGAUGAACGGUGGUGAUUCGGCUUACGUGGCGCUUCUUCCGUCAGGGUUUGCUAUCGUACCGGAUGGGCCAGGUUCACGUGACCCCCCAACGACCAAUGGCGGCCCGACUGCUAAUAAUGUCGGUGGCCAAGAGAGGGUAAGUGGGUCCCUUUUGACGGUGGCCUUCCAAAUAUUGGUGAAUAGUCUCCCUACGGCGAAGCUCACAGUAGAAUCUGUGGAGACCGUCAACAACCUUAUUUCAUGCACUGUCCAAAAGAUCAAGGCUGCUCUCCAAUGUGAAAGCUGAUUAUGCAAUGCAUGAUUGAGCUGUCCCGUUAGUGAGUAUUUGUUAGUUUAUAAAUUUUAUCAUGGCUGUGCUGGUCUGUUAAUUUUAUGGCGUCAGAGAGAGAGAGAGAGAGAGUGAGAGAGCGCUCGCUUGGUAAAUGAGUGGGGAGACUGGAAAAACAAAAGUGAGUUGUCUUCUUGUUGAUGUUUGUGGGUGUUGAGUCAAGAACGAACCGCGCGUGGUGACUCCUUGCAAGGUGGUGAGGAUUUAUGAGCCAGUGACUGCUAGCCGGGUUGCAGUUGGUAUGCAUAUUGCAAAGAGUGCUUUUAACACGAGGCAAGGGUGGUGGUUCGGGCAUUGACUCAGGGUCGACCCCUGCCUCAAUUAUUAUUACUGAAAAGAGUUAAAACCAACAGUGUUUUAAGAAAGAAAAAAUGGGUCUUUCUGAUAUUUAAAUUAAUAUCCAGAUUAUAUAUAUAUAAUCUGUUUUUGUUGAACUAGGAAUGACUAGUUCAGCUUGUUGAUGUUUGUUAACUCGUGGGUUUUGUAUUGUUAUGAUAUUCUAAGUGUACUAAUAAUAACCCCUUUUUUGGUUAA